AUGUCCAUGAGCAACGGCCAUCAAGCCUGGCGCCCGCCGACUGCCGGCCAUGUUGGCAGCAGCGGCCGGGCGCCCCAUGCCGGCGUGGACGAUGGUCCGGCGCGGACACUGACGCCCAGCGACAACCCGCUCGCGCUGAUGCCUGAGGCAUCCGAACCCGUCGACGACGACCAUCGGCGCGCCCUCUUCGCCGAUCUGUUUCGCCGCUCCGAGGCGAGGUUGGCGCUGCUGUUUGGCGACAACGGCGAAUACAACGAGGGUGCCAUCGCCGCUCUGAAGCGAGCGCCGACUCCGCCCGCGCCCCUGAUCCCCCCCGCGACGGACCACACGCCCAUCCAAGAGCCGCCGCGCAAGCGGGCGAAGCGUGUCAUUGACGAAGACGACUACGGCGAUGAUGACGAAGAUGAAGAGGACGAGCGCGAGAGCGCCGGCCGUGGUGCGCAGACGCCGCAGGCCCUGCACUCCAAGCAUGCCAACGACGCCGCCGCCCGGACCCUGCUGUCGCCGUCCAAGUCCGGGAGCUCGCCGGUCCAGUCCAUCCCGUCACCCGGGAAACAGCCCGAUAAGCGGCGAGACGAUGCGCCGCAAGCACAAGCCAAGUCCUCCGAGGAUGCACGCAAAGAAUUGGAAGAGGCGCGCAAUGCGACCGAGGAGGCGGCUAAGCGGAGCUUCCACACGCUCUUCCACACGCUCGAGAACGACCGCAUUGCCAUGCUCGAGCAGCAGCAGCUCGACGAGUCCGAGAAGCAGUUGCAGGCAGAGAUGGACAAGACGAGCCACGGCCACACGAGCCAGCCGGGCCAAAACCACGGCUCGCUGAGCAGCGCAAACCUCGGCGCGUCAAGUCUCACCCUGAAGCACCUCAUCGCAAGGAUAGACAUGAAGCGCGACCAGGUCCGCGCGUCCGACGCCGAGCUCCGCUCGCUGAUGAACGAAGUGCGCAAGAACCGGAGCAAGUGGGCCAGUGAGGAGAACGUCGGCCAGGAGGAGCUCUACGAAGCGCUCGAGAAGGUGCUCAGCGAGCUCAAGGCGCACACCGAAUACUCAACCCCUUUCCUCAACAGAGUCAACAAGAGAGAUGCGCCCGACUACUACAACUUCAUCAAGCAGCCCAUGGAUCUCGGCACAAUGACCAAGAAGCUCAAGAACCUCCAGUACAAGUCCAAGGCGGAAUUUGUCUACGACCUUAACCUCAUCUGGGACAAUUGCCUUAAGUACAACCAGGACAUGGGCCAUCCCCUCCGCCGCAUGGCCAACGGCAUGCGCAAGGAGGCCGAAAAGCUGAUCCCCCUCAUCCCGGACCUCGUCAUCCGGCCGAGAGCCGAAGUCGAAGCCGAAGAGCGCCGGAAACAAAACGGCGGCGAGGAUGAUGCCGGAGAAGACAGCGACGACGAGCCGAUAAUGUCGUCUCGGGGUCGCAAGGCGGGCACUAAAGGGACCAACAAGUCCCGAAAGGCGCCGUCGGAUCAGAACCAAGGGAAAGAAGGCACCCCAAACGUGGAGCAGAAGCCGGUGCUGCAGCUUAACGGACUCCUCGCGAAAUCCCACCGGGAAGGCUCGGAAGUGGACGGCAGCAACGGCUUCGCUACGCCCCCGAUUGGCGGCUCUCUGACCCCGAGCGGCCUGAACGGGCAUUCUGGCGUCAGCAACGCCGAUGCCAUGGACAUCGACGGGCCGUCGCUGAACGGCAUAGCCCUCGGCCAAGCACUUGGCGAAGCGGCAGAACAGAUUUACGAGGAUGAGGCAUACAAGAUAUGGAAGCAGGUCACCAAGAAAGACCGCGCUCUCAUCGCUAAGGAGCGCUAUCAGCUGUUCGCCGGCAACAAGCUCAACAUUGAUGAGCCCGCUCUCUUGAGGAGCAAGGCCGGAAUGCGCCGCUUCCUAAAGUCUCGGAGAGAGGCCGAAGCCCUCGGGCUCGUGCCCCACAGUGCCCAUUUCGACGCUUCGGCGGCCAGCUCCAAAUACGGAGCCAAGGCGCCCGAGACGCUCGCCGAGGGCAUGGAGGACGAAGCCGAGCGGUCGGUCCCUUCGUACUAUGAGCCGCAGACAAUCAUUCCCGACAUCGACCCGAAGCUGCAAUGGAUCGAGGACGGCGAGGGCCAGGUCAUCAACCAGCACGAAGACAUGCUCCGGGUCGUUCCCCCGGGGCACUUUGUCUCGCCGCAGAGUCGACUGACGCAAAAGAUCGACGCGAACAUAAAGCAAUUGCAAGAAACGCGCAAGCUGUGCUCCAAGAUCGGCGUCAUCAAACAGAUGCAAAUUCAAACUCACCAGGUAUACACGAAUCAGUUUCCCAAAUACAAUCCCGAACCCUUCGUAGAAGCCGACAUCGAGCCUCAUUUCCUCGCCGGGGAAGGCCCCGUCAUGGCGGGCGAAACGUGCAGGUCCGCGUUGCAGCGCUCGGUGGCGAAGCUCUUUUACCACGCCGGCUUUGAGGAGCUGCAGCCCUCGGCGCUCGACACCAUCACGGACAUUGCGGGCGACUACUUCCAGAAGCUGGUCCGCACGUUCAACGUCUACCGCGAAGCCGAGAAGAAGCCGGCCACCGGGGUGUGGGCCGAGAGAGGCGCCCGCUUCCAACCGCGCUUCACGCCCGAGGAGGUGAUCCUACACACGCUCAACGAGAACGGCCACGACGUCGACUCGCUGGAGAGCUACGCGCGCGACGAGGUCGAGCGGCUCGGUACGAAGCUCGCCCAGAUCCACGAGCGCAUGAAGGCGCACCUCACGGACCUGCUGCGGCCGGCGCUCACGGACGGCACCGCCGACGGCUCGGGCGCCUUCAACGACGGCAGCGAGCAGUUCAUCGGCGGCGACUUCGCCGAGGAGCUCGGCGAGGAUUUCUUCGGCUUCAAGGCGCUCGGACUCGACAAGGACCUCGGGCUCGAGAUGCUCUCGGUGCCGCUGCACCUGCUGCAGUCGCGGGUGCGCAGCCAGUACCAGAUGCAGACGCAGACGGCCGGCACCGCCGCGGCCGACCUGUUCGAGCCGCUGCCGCCGCCGGAGCCCGUCACGCGCGAGACCAUCCAGGCCCAAAUCGGCCUCGUCAAGAACUUCUUCCUCGCCAAGCUGCACGCCAACGGCGACCAGCCGCUCGUCGAGGACGAGGACCUGCCCGUUAAGCAGCGGCGCGCCCGUCCGCGUCUCGGCGCCACCGGCAAGAUCGUCUCGCCCCAGAAGCGCAGCCCUAGGGAGCAGAUCGCCCUGGCCAAGAAGAAGAAGAAGCUCGAGAGCGGCCUCGCCCAGGUCACCGACGGCGCCGGUUCCGGCCCUGCCGCUGGUGCUGCUGCUGCUGUCGGCGGUGGUACGGCCGCCGGCAAGGGCGGUGGCGGCGGCGGCGGCAGUGCCCAGAAUCCGGCCGUGCUUGCGCCUGCUCCCGCGCCUGUGCCGGAGCUGGGGACGGCGGACUCGGCGAGCCAGGCGACGACGGACAAGGAGGAGGCGGCCACGGGCAUGAUGAGUCCCGAGAGCUUGGAGCAGCGGUGA